UCGGAAUCAUUUGUAAGCUAGUGCCCCGUUGUUAGCUUGCGGCCAAUAAGGUAUUCACCAAAGAUCCAGGCAUCAGAUGGGAGGCGUCAUUCCUGAUCCCCAACAGAAUGUUAUUAGCAACGGCAAUAAUCCGGGUUAUGUGAUUUCCGGGGAGUUGGUGGGUGAGGUAUUAAGGGGAGGGGGGCCGAUGAGCAAGAAGCAUGUAGGAUGGACUUCUUAAUUAGUACUCAAUUAGUAUAGUCGGAUGAGACAUCGCAUACGAAGUAGUACUUGUUGCAAUUACCUAAAUAACCCGAUUGUAGAUGCGGGGCUCAUGCAUUGGCCGGCGAGUUCAUGCGUGGAUCGGAGACUUUUAGUGUUUUGUCAUCUUCAAUAUUAUAGUCGAGCAUAAAGACAAUGGACCUUCCGAUCUAAAUUUCUACUUCUCUAUUUAAUUAUUGUAUCUGGUAUCUUCAUUAUCUUCCUUUACAAUGGCCAAUCAGGAGAUCGUGUUUUUCGACUUGCCGUCUAAGACGCCAAACAAGACAUGGUCAUACAACCCAUGGAAAACUCGGUUUGUGUUGAACUACAAGAACCUCCCCUAUAAGACAGAAUGGGUUGAAUACCCAGACAUCAAGGGAAGAUUCCAAGACCACCUCCCGAAGAUGGAUGUAUACACUAUCCCGACGAUCAUCUUGCCCGACGGGACUUGGGUAAAUGACUCCUUCACAAUCGCCGAAGUGCUCGAGAAGAAGUAUCCGGAGCCGAGCCUCCACCUGGACUCCCCUUAUCUGCCAAAAGUGAAGGAACUCCUUGUGCAGAUCUUGACUGCCACCAAGGCCGUCUACGUCCCGGGGGUUUUCAACAAGAUACUGAACGAUUCUAGCAAGGACUACUUCCGCCGGACUCGCGAAGUCAUGUUUGGCGAUACCUUGGAGGAGGUAGCUCAGAAGCAGGGCGGCGAAGCAGCAUGGAAAGCUGCGCAGCCUGCUCUGGAGAAGGUCACCGCCCUGCUGAAAGAAAACAGCGACGGCCCUUUCUUCGAGGGGAAGAAGAUGGGCUUCGCUGACUUCACGUGGGCGUCGUUCCUCGUUUUCGCUCAAAGAAUCGGCGAUGAUGUCUAUCAAGAAGUACUGAAGCAUAGCGGAGACGCAGCAGUGCAUGAGAAGCUGCUAGAGGCCGUGAAGCCCUGGUAUGAAAGAGACGACCACUAGUCGCGCUGACACUACUCGGGGUGUUGAAAUGAGUGGUCAAGGGACUACUUUCAGGUACAGUACAUGGGAUCUUGGCAUGGAAUGUAUAUAUAUUAAGAAGGACCUCCCUCCUCACUUAUACAAUUGAUACGGAUCCGUACACUAAGUCAAUAUGCAAGUAUAGCUUAUAUGCUGUAUCUUUUAGCAGAUAACCACGUAUGGAGCUAUCAGGUCAAUUAGUAGAUCAAUAUAGUGCAAUAUGCCAAGUUAUAGCUUAAUAUACGAUUGAGACCCAU